GGAGAGAUGUGGACGACUAUAACGACACUGGAGGCGGACUGAGUAGCAUCUGUGUUUGUGAGUUUACUGCACCUGAGCGCUGCUGCCAUGUCACAGUGAGUGCUGCCUCUCGCAACUUAUGGAUGUUUCUUUGUUGCCGUUGAAGACUGACUGAACCGAAUACCUCUUGGACUUCAUCAAGAUGGAGAACAACACAACCAUUUUUCAGGAUGUCACUCGGGUAGUAAACCUGACAGAAAUGCCUUUCAACCCUCUGGAAGAGCAGGUCAUAACUAUUUUUUUGACAGUGGUCAUUUGUGGUGUUGGGAUCGCAGGGAAUAUCAUGGUGGUGCUCGUUGUGUUGCGCACUAAACACAUGGUGACCCCGACUAACUGUUAUCUGGUCAGCUUAGCCAUCGCAGACCUCAUUGUGCUUUUGGCUGCAGGUCUGCCCAAUAUCUCUGAUACCGUAGCCUUCUGGAUAUACGGCUACACUGGAUGUCUGUGUAUAACCUAUCUGCAGUACCUGGGCAUCAACGUGUCAUCUUGCUCCAUCACUGCCUUCACCAUUGAACGCUACAUAGCUAUUUGUCACUGCAUAAAGGCACAGUUCAUAUGCACGGUUUCCAGGGCCAAGAGGAUCAUAGCUGGAGUGUGGAUGCUCACGUCACUGUAUUGCACAAUGUGGUUCUUCUUAGUGGACACCAAUGAAGCCGUCUAUGACAACGGGGUGGUGGUCACCUGUGGCUACCGCGUCUCCAGGAGCCUGUACAUGCCCAUCUACUUCCUGGACUUCACUCUGUUUUAUGUGAUCCCUCUCAUAGUCGCCACUGUGCUGUAUGGGCUCAUUGCAAGGAUUUUGUUCAUGAGCCCUCUGUCGUCACAUCUGAACGACCGAGCAGGAGGAGGCUCAGUUCACCACGGCCACUCCAUGAUCUCCAACAAGGCCAGCCAGGGGGCAGUUACUGCAAGAAAACAGAUUACAAAGAUGCUGGCUGUGGUGAUCAUCCUCUUUGCUUUGCUGUGGAUGCCUUACCGAACACUGGUGGUGGUCAACUCCAUCAUCGACCCACCUUACCACAACUCCUGGUUUCUUCUCUUCUGCCGCAUGUGCAUCUACACCAACAGCGCUAUCAACCCCAUUAUUUACAACCUCAUGUCUCAGAAGUUUCGAGUUGCAUUCAGAAAGCUUUGCAAGUGCAGCUGGCCGCACAGGGAGACUGAGUACAGCGUACCCAUGUACUGCAGCGUGAGGAAGAAUUCCUCCCACGGGAGCAACGAGCCGGUCACAGAGCAGGUGGACAUCAGUGGCCAAACCACAAACAGGUUCAUCAUAGCAGACGAUGAAACAAGCACUGUGCACAUUUCUCAAUGAAACCUUCGUUGGGUUUGUCAUUACAAUCCAUUCAUGCAUGAGAACUUCUGCAUCCAAAUCUUUCAUUUUUAGAGUCUAGGUCUCCUCUUGCUUCCACUUGUUAAAAGGUUCUCAUUGAAAUCUGAAGGUAUUCUUCUUGAUAAAUGUUUGUGGUGUUUUGUGUGUGCUGUUGUAGCUGUAGUAAAGUUGAAACUGGUGUGACCAUGCUGUAAAUACGGUACAGCGCCAGGCCAAGCUUCGCUGGUCCUAAAACUGAGUGGGCCACUGUGGCAUUACAGUGUGUCAACGUAUGAAGUGUAUGAGCAGAUCUUUGAAAUGCAGUAAAAGGUUUAUACUCACCAUUUUAGAACACCUAACUAUGGAAAUUAUGGACAUUUAAUGUGAUGCAUGUUCUAUUCUAUUUUCAUUUUGACAGUAUCUACACUUUAUGUUAACUAGCUUUAUCAAGAGCAGGCUCUGUGCAACAAGUGCUCCAGAAACGUGUAUCCCUGCGUCUCGUAAGAGCACUUGUGCUUUUCAUGUGUUCAGGCUGUUACUCACACAGACCACACUUUUGAGGGGCACUGGGGACACAUAAAACCCACAAUCCAUUUUUCCUUCCUUUUUCAUUGAUUAAUAGUGCAUUUAUCUCCAUAAAUUAAUAUCAAUCAAUACAAAACAUUGGACAUGGAACAAAUCCUGCUCAUGUUUAUUAUGAGUGCAUCUACCAUCUCUUUUAUGCUAUUGAAUCAGUACGCUAGUGCAGCUAGAGGUCAAAGUGUACCUGCCCAAAGCCUGUGAAAUGGGGACGAGUUAAGCAUGAAAUGUUAAAACGGACCCCUGGGGAUUUGAUCGGUUGAAAUGUCAGUGUCAGCGAUGUGAAUGGCAGCUUUUCUGGACUUACUCCACUGCAUAAUUCUGCAAAAUCUAUUUCACUUCAAUUAAUAUGCCAAAGCAAGCAGCAAGCUUAACCUAUGGUAAUGACCAAGGUAAAAGGUCUUGGUGACCAUCUCAAUAGUCUAAUAAACCAAUUUGUUGUUUACAACACAUCUCAAAAAUAAAAAAUCUGUUGUCGUAAUGUUGUAGGACAAGUGGUAUCAGUCUGAAACUCAAAACUAAGGUCUUCAGGGGACUUGCACAAGUUUGAGUCUUAACCAUCAUCUUAUCCUUGCAGGGUCUUAACAGUCUGUGUAUAUAUGUAUAUAUAUAUAUAUAUAUAUAUAUAUGCUUGUACAGACUGUAUACCGUAUGCACUGAGAGGGAGAGGUAAAACAUACAUGUAAAUACACUCUAAGCAAUAAUAUAAUAAUAAUAACAACAACAUACUCAAAGCCCGUCUGUUUAAGACUACGUUUGUCUCUGUACGAGUGAAUAGUCGAAUUUAAACUUGUUUUAUAUCUUGUAUUUUAUGGGUUUUUUUUAAUGGUAUGAUAUUUAUGUUCAUAUGUUUUUAUUGUUUUUUUUUCAUUUUCUGUAGUGUCAUUGAGUGCUAGAAAGCUGCCAGUAAAUAAAAUGUAUUAUUGUUGUUA